UCAUAAAUGAGAUAUUUUAGAGUACCGUGCUCGUUUUCGAUAGUUCAAGCAUCUUGGGGAAAAUUCAAUCGAAUUUAAGGUGUUUUUUUUUCUCCUGUAAUUAGUUGCUUUUGAAGUCAUGCUGCGGAAAGACGCUGUUGUUUAUCUUCAGGAACAGCAGGGACGAUACCAUGACAAAGAAAGGGAGAAACUGAUAAAAAUGGAGGAUCUUUACAAAAAGAGGCGCUGGCAUCAGCUGACGGUGGAGCUGCUGGACUACGUUCAGCGCCCGGCUCUUGCCUCUGAUGGCAGGAUUCUGAAGUUGUAUGAGAACUUCAUCUGCGACUUUGAACACAGAAUGAAUCCAUUGUCCCUUGUGGAAAUGAUCCUUCUAGCUGCACAGCAAGUGCCUGAUGCUGGAAAUGCCUUGAAGCUGCUUGAGAAAACCAGAGAGAAGGUGAAAGGAAACAGUGAGGCAGUAAUUCUCUGCCUUACUGCCAUGUCCACUAUGAAGUUAAAAAGCGGGGACCUCCCAGCAGGAAAGAGCCUCCUGGCUACUGCAGAGACCAUGCUGGAACAGCUGCCUGGGCUCAGCUCCACCCACAGCCGCUUCUAUUGUGCCUCCAGCAGUUACUAUCGGGCCACAGGGCAGCAUGCUCUCUAUUACAGGCAGGCCUUGCGCUACUUGGGCUGUGUACAGAUUAAGGAACUCUCAGCAGAUGUCCAGCAGCAGACGGCUGUCAAGUUGGCGCUGGCUGCACUGCUGGGUGAUGGGCUCUACAACUUUGGGCACCUGUUGCUGCAUCCCAUCUUGGCAACACUGCAGACUGCAGAGACACAGUGGCUGGUCCAAACACUCUAUGCCUUCAACCGUGGGAGCGUCAAGAGUUUUGAUGCUCUGCGGGACUCUUGGAGCUCACAGACAGAUCUAGCCGCCAAUGAGAAGAAACUGAGAAAGAAGCUGCAGCUACUGUGUCUACUGGAGAUGAUCUUCACAAGACCAGCGCACUGCAGACAGAUGACCUUUGAGAAGAUUGCCAUGGAAACGGAGCUGCCAAUCACUGAGGUGGAGCUUUUGGUGAUGAAGGCGCUGUCCAGCGGAUUGGUGAAGGGCAGCAUUGAUGAGGUGGAUGGUCAAGUGCACAUGACCUGGGUGCAGCCAAGGGUGAUGGACCUGCAGCAGAUCUGUGGCAUGAAGGGCUGCUUGGAGACAUGGUGCAGUGGUGUAAGGAUGACUUCUAUGCUAGUGGAGAAUCAUGCUGAUGAGGUGCUGGGAUACCAGGCAUGAACACUGAACAUAGUGUGAAAGCUGUAACUAUGCUACUGAGGAGCAUUUAAGACCUGCUGUCUGUUUAAGGAAUAAACAUCACUGGUACUUCUAUGGCCUGGAGAACCUUAUUUUGCUGAAGAGAGACCAUGCUGGUGUUUUGAUGGGGGAUUUAUGGACAGACUUCGGACAGACUAUUCCACAAGCCCAAAGGGAACCUUCCAGACACACGUUCAGAAAGGACAUGCUGUUAAGAAGGGCAAACAUAGCAUGUAGGGUAUGCAAAGGAGAUCAGCACUGGCAUCACUACAGUGAUUAAGGACCAUAUGCUCCAGAAUGGGCAGAAUGUGGUUGGCUCAAGAAUGCUAUGUAACUUAAAGGGCAGCUGCAACAUUGUGAUGCCAUGUGCCUGUAUACCACUGAUUUGAUCUUGGUGUUAAAGAAAAUUAAAUGGACUUGUCCAUCUCAUAAGAA